AUGUCUCGCCCACGCGUCAGCUCUCGCAAAACUCCCCCGUCCCCACUUGCCCUCGCCGCUAUUAUCCUUCCCCCCGCGCCACCAUCAUCCCCUCCGAGCCCCUCUCCUCGGCGUCGUCGCGCACACCAGAUGCGUCUUCGGGACCCAGGAUGCUAUGGUCUCUAUACCCUCUCGGAGGAGGAGGAGGACGACCACAAAUCGUCGCGCUUCAGCUGGGCCUCUAGCUCUAGCUCAUCGUCAUACUCGCCAUCAUCGCCCACGACCACCGCUUCUGUCGACUCACACGACCUCUACACUCCGGGUUCUGAAAACGAGGACCCCUUCUUGUUCGAGGACUGGGGUAUGGAGGUUGACACGCCCACCAUCUCCAACUUCCGUGGCAGCAAGACUUCGGCCCCCGUCCGUCCUUCACGCCGCCCGCCUCCUCUUGACCUGGAGCCCUACCACAUCCCCGUCCGCAUGGUUCGCACUCCUACUGCGCGCUCAGCACGCUUCUCUGGCCUCAAGCCCCCACGUGUCUCCACUGCCUCCUCAACUGCUCUGCCUCGCACCCCAACCGUCGCAAGCACUCCCGAACUCCUUCCUGCGCUCCCCAUUCUUGCUCACGACGAGUGGAACUCGCGUCGACAGGGCGCCGCGUCCUCCGAGCCCCAGACCCCGGCGACACCGUUGUCUCCGUCAACUCCCACACCUUCCGAGCCCAUUGGAAUCAACCUAGUCUCUGCCCUUCGCGAGCUCCUCACAUCUUGUGGCGAGUACGAAGGCUUUGCCAACGAAGAGAUGUUCGCCGACGCCAUUGAAUUUGGUCAGCCUCCCAAGGCGCGUACCCCUCCACCAUGCCCUCCCAAGGCAGACCCCGUCACCCCCUUCUGCAAGUACGCUGUUCAGAUGCCCAGGGCUCCACGCGCCACAACCACCAAGGCAGAGCGCCGCACCACCACCGUCCUCGGUGACCAUUCUUACCUUCAAUCGCUGUCAGCCGAGUGCCGCGAGAACAUCAUGGACGCGGACGAGGACAUGUACCCAUUCGACACUCGCUCCCUCCGCAGCAUCCCCUCGCUGCCGUCCCUCUCGCCCUGUUCGUCCUUUUCAUCAUUGUCAUCUGCCUCUUCAGCAGUCUCACUCUCGUCCAUGGCCUCGGCAUCGAGCUACACGUCGCUCGGCUCUGUCUCCGGCUCCUCGUGCCACAACAUCACACCACCGCCAGCGACCAAGGCGACCCGCCGCGUCUCAUCCAGGCGCCAGCUUCCCGUGCGCACUGCCCUCCCAUCUUCAUGGACGGGGUAUAUUUAA